UUUGUUCCCGGGACUAUGGUGGACUUCACGUUUUAUUUUAGCGACGGAUGGUUGGGGGUAUGAGAGAUGAUAGUUUGGUGAUAAUAACACAUCUAUGUUUAAAGCUGCAAAUGCUCUGGUGCUCUUCUCAGUGGUUAUAUGUCACCUAAAUAUUUGGUGCGUAAACCUGUCAACACUGCCUAUACCACCACUAAGAACCAAUGUAACCCGUCAUUUUCGUGUUGGUUCAGACAUAACUUUGAGGUGUGGAGAAAAUCAUCAUAUAAACCCAACUCUUAUCUUAUGGCUUGACCCUUCGAACAAAACAACGUCUAAAGAAACCAUAUCGUUAAGGAAUGCUAGCGUUGCGCAAUCUGGGGAGUAUUAUUGCCGGCUGUUUCAUAAUGGAAACUUGAAGUACCACCAGUCAUUAUUCAUUGUAAUACAAGAUAAACCGUUCUCUCCAACAUCUAUUCUCAUCCAGGCACUGUCUGAAAGCUCAAUGAACGCGUCAUGGGUCUCUGGAAAUAGUCAAAAUAGUCCCAUUUCUCUUCAUACUGUCUAUUUGCAUGACAAUAAUAGCUUAGUUUUACAAAAGAACGUAUCAUCCCCUCUGUCCAGCACAACACUUCAUAAUUUGAAGCCCUAUACUUGCUACACUUUGUAUAUUCGCGCUUUGAAUGACAUUGGUUGGAGUGAAUUCAGUAAACCCAGUCACUCACUCACUCUUCCUGGUUUGCCUGUUGCUCAUCCAUCAGUUCACAUCAUCAAUGUUUCCAGUCACUCAAUUUCUGUAGAUGUUGGUAUCGCAACUCUAAAGGAUAUCAUUCAAGAUAACGUCAAAAGAUGUAUAGAUCAAGAUGCUCGAUUUAUAUCGUUACUACAUGGCCCACUGGUCGGUUACAUUGUCACAGUUGCUACAAUUCAGCCUUACAAGUUUGCUUCAAAAACUUUUUACAAUGCAUCUGAAUCAUUCUCACAGGUUGUAGAUAUAUCCGACCUGAAGCCAUACACACGGUACAAUUUGUCGUUCGCUUUUUAUAAUGGUCGUUUUUCGGGCCCGUUCACGUCUUUGGUUGCUUCAACUACAGAAGGGAUUCCCGGGAAGCCAAGGAUAAAAAACUUCGAAAGUUCAUCCAACUCAUUGUCGAUUGACUGGGAAAGUAAUGCUGAUGCAGUGGGGAAAAUACUUGCCUAUAAAUUGGAACUUCACACAUGUUCCAAAAACGAUACCCAGAGUUCUAAAAGGUUAAAAACUGUUCAGGUGGAUUCAAAGGAGUUACAGUUUGUGUUUGGGAAUCUGGAUCCCAACACCUGCUACGUUAUUCGCGUGGCAUCUGCUACAAAAGCUGGGUUUGGACAUUUCAGUGAAAUCGAAGUCCGCACUAAAUUUGAAGCUCCAUCACCACCUGUUGCUGUUGGCGCUUUUCUUUUGGAGACCAAUGAUAUUUUGAUUAACUGGACUUGCUCAAAUGAAUCCUCAUCAAUAUUAAAAAAUCCACAGUAUUUGGUCUGUUGGCACUUUUACUCCUUUAUUUCUGAACAAAAAUGUUUGCUCACUCAGACAUCAAACAAAAAAGAAUUAGCAUACUGUUACUGUGACCAACAACAACAAUUUCAAUGGACUGUUAUUCCAUUGUCCGUGUUUAAAGAAGCAAAAUCUGGUCGAAUUAUCUUUACUAUUCGAUCCAGUAUCUCUCAAACAAAUUGUACUGAUUACGUAAACUGCGAGAUACAAAGUGAGAACUCAAACGAAAUAAGUUUAAAUCUGUCUUCUUCUACACGAAGAUAUUUUCAUACAACUCCGAAAUAUCAUCUCAAGUUAGAUAAUAUUGCAAUUGUUGGGAUAGUUUCUAUUACUCUUCUGGUUUUCUUCUGCGUGAUAAUUGGUGCAUGUUUUGCCAAUCGAGUUCAUUGUUUUCUUAUCAUGUGUCGUGAUACGGGUUCUUGUUAUCGCAAAACUGAUAUAUCAACUAAAUACAAACGUAUUACACCAUUUCAUCUAAGUAAAAACACAUACAAAGCUAUUUCAAGCAAAGAAUUUCGUGCCCAUGUUAAUGCUUGCCAUGCUGAUGAUGAUGCUGGAUUUCAAGCAGAGUUCGAGUCGUUAGAACAAAAUGUGCAAACAAACUGGUCAACUUCCGUUGCUCGUUCUUCAGAAAACAUAGCCAAAAAUCGAUACUCCAACAUUUUGGCUUAUGAUCAUUCGAGAGUUAUACUUAAGGAAACAGGCAGUAAAAGUGAUUAUAUCAAUGCAAAUUAUGUCGAUGGUUAUCAUCGUCGAGCAGCAUAUAUCGCUGCACAAGGCCCUAUCCCGUCUACUUUCGAUGAUUUCUGGUUGAUGGUAUGGGAGCAAAAUAGCAACGUCAUCGUUAUGAUAUCUAACUUCGUUGAACGUGGUCGUCGUAAAUGUGACAAGUAUUGGCCCAGUUCAGGUCACCAAACGUAUGGGAACGUUUCAGUUCGUAUGAUUUCUGAAGUUGUACGGGCUUUCUUCACUAUCCGAGUGUUUACUGUUCGACAUAUCAAGACUAAACGUGGUUCUAAAGAUCGUUUAGUUUAUCACUAUCAAUACACAGAUUGGCGAGAUUUUGAUGUACCUCCUUCCCCUCUUCCGGUUCUGAAGUUCGUAGAAGCCUCGGUCACGCAUUGGACAUUUGACAAAGGUCCUAUUGUUGUCCACUGCAGCGCUGGCGUCGGACGAACCGGUACUUACAUCUGUAUCGAAAGUUUGAUACGGCAGCUAAAGGUAGAACAAGCUGUUUCUGUUCGGGGGUUCCUGGAACACAUUCGUCAACAACGCAUGAAACUUGUCCAAACAGAACAACAAUAUGCUUUUAUUCAUGACGCAUUACGUGAGUAUAUUCUUUAUCCGUAUCAUUCAAUUCGUCCGCUGGACUUCAGUGAUUACUUGCGACAUUUAUAUGAACUAGAUUCAACAGGUACAUCCAAUUUAAUGAAACAAUUUGAAAUGUGUAUGGAUUUCAGAUGUGAUUCUCCCGGUUCUUUGCAUAGUGGAACCCUGAGUGUUGAUCAAACGAAAUUACCCAUGUGUACAAGUAUUACUGAUGGUUCAGGCAUUGAUUCGUCCGUUCUUCAUGGUUUUCUGAAUGUUUGUGAGUAUAUAGUUACUCGUCAUCCUUUAGGUAACAGUGUAACUGAAUUUUGGAAAGUAGUUUGGGACGCUAAUUCUUCUUUAAUUGUAUGUUUGUCUGAUCAAAAUUUGUUACCAUUUUGGCCUGAUGAAGUUGAACAAACAAGAACAAUCGGUUGGUUGCAUAUAAAUUUUGCUCGAAUGGAUCAUUGCGGUGAUUCGUUAGUACGAUUUCAAUUCUUACUAACAUCUGAUCGAGAAGAUUAUGCACUAGCAUAAAAUCCUCAUGAAUCAAGGAUUGCAUCAGAUUUACUUGAAUUGGCUACACACUUAGCAAAUGAUAAUCCGGAAUUCUCUAAUUCUUCCGCUCCUAUUGUUUUAGUAGAUAACACUGGAGGUUAUCGUGUUGGCAUAUUUUGUGCAAUUCGUAUUUUAAUUAGCCAAUUUUUAAGUGAUCUUAUACUCGAUGUAUACUUCGUUUUCAAAAUGUUGUGCCUACAACGACCUCAUUUGUUUAGGGGUUAUUGGGAUUUGGAAUUCGUGUAUGCUCUUCUGCAAUAUUAUUUGAAGAAUGAAUUGUCACCUUCUUGGCAAUCGAAUUCAAUAGGUUCACGUCAUGCAACUUUAUAUUAUAUGCUAGAAGGGCGAGAUAAUUCCAACAAAGUGUCAACCAUCGAACAACAUACAUCUCCUAGGCGAAUAUUAGGUAACUUAUUUUCUGGUCGUCGUCGAUUAACUGAUCCGAAAUGUCGACGUCCUACUCGAAGUAAUAACGAUUCACUUUUGUUUAAUGAAACUACUACUAUUAGUCGAAAUAAUUCUCUUUGUAAUCACACUAACUAUAAUAAUUCAUUUUUAAAACAUACCAGUCAACAUCUAUGCAACAGUAUUAGUAAUAGAACCAGCAUAUUUACGGAUCCAUAUCAUCAAGAGGAACCACUUUUGUCAAAUCAUUUUUCAAAUCAUCGUGGACAUGCUGUGUAUCGUUUACUAUCAAAACACCAAUCUGUUGAAUUUCCUUCAUUCCAGUCUAUUAACAAUCAUAAUAAUAACAGUAGAAAUUAUUUUACUGGGAAUCAAAUGGAAUAUCCCACCCUAUGAUUUACGUAUUGUACGUAAAUAUAAGCGCCGUAAAAUAACUUCGUAGCUUCUCCGUUAAAAUAUGUUUGCAAUUGUAAAUGAGGAUCUGUUUUUUUUAAAAAAACAUUUUAUAUUUUUUAUUUGUUCAAUGUUGUUACUUUGUUUACUAGAUUACUUGUUUCACUUCUGUUAUACCCAUGUGCGCUCUUAUCUUGAAUAUAUAUAUCAGCAUUUAACUUGAUCUGCUUAUAUUAUGUUCUCUAUUAUAUUUUUUUCUGUUGUAUUUUACUUUGUUUAAAUUACCUUGGUUAUUAUGAAGUGUUAUUGACAUUUACAUAUUACUUUGUGUGCUUAAUAUUAUCCUAGACAAAAACUAAUAAUCUAGUCUACAAGUGAAAUCAGCAAUUCAUUUUUCAAAUGAUCCUGGUUAAACUAGGUGACUAAUAAGUUUGUUCAAUUUACUGCUAUUAGGCUUGUUUUUCGUCCUAAUGCGGUAUAAUUAUCUCCUGGUAUCAUGUAUACCAUCGGUAGUCGAGUCGCUGUGAAUUAUUCAUAUUUGUGUGUAUUGUUUUGAUCCCAGACAUAGGUAUAUUGUCAAUGGUGUCAAGGAUUUUUAUUUGUAAAUUCUCACAUUUCUAGGAUAGCAAUAUUAUCUGCGCAUUUUGUUAUUUAUUUCUAUUUUCGUUCAAUCUAGUUUUUGAGUUUCCUCUUAGAUUACUUAAGGUUGUUGAUACUGUGAAAAACUAUCUCAUAACUACUUUCUUUUUUAUGAAAAUAUCUGUUUUACUAUUUUUAAUUUUAAAUAAUAUAAAUUACAAAAUCC